UCUGUUGAGGUGGCGAGCUUCAGGGUUUGCGCGAGUUUUCGGCGGGUUAUUAUAAUAUAUAAUAUAUAAUAUAUUAGUUGAAGUAGUAACUCAUGGUUAGGUUAUAGUUGGUAAUUAGUGUUGACCUGCUUACGUCUGUUUUGCUGCUUUUUAAACUAUAAAGGAGCUUGAAGAAAUUAAAGGCGCGAGAUAUGGAGAUAACUGCAGACAGAGCUGUAAAUCAAGACUGGGGCUGUAAUGAGAUUCUUCAGUUCAACCAGUUUGACGGUCUUCCUUUUUCCUCACGGUAUUAUACACUGCUAAAGGAGAGAAAAGCUCUUCCAGUUUGGGGAGAGAAAUGUGAGUUCAUGGACUAUAUCACUAAUAACCAACUUGUGAUUAUCAGUGGCACAGCAAAAACUGGGCAAAGUACUCAGAUCCCACAGUGGUGUGCCGAGUUCUGCUUGUCUGUGCAGUACCGGCACGGCAUGGUGGUGUGCACUCAGAUCCACAGGCAGACCACAGUGGAUCUUGCCCUCCGUGUGGCCGAUGAAAUGGAUGUGAACAUCGGCCAUGAAGUGGGAUACGUUAUCCCUUUCCAGAACUGCUGCGCUGCUGACACGGUGCUUAGGUACUGCACUGAUGACAUGCUGCUUUGUGAGAUGAUGUCAGACCCUCUGCUGGAGCAGUAUGGUGUGGUUUUGAUCGAUCAGGUUCAGGAGCGCACGGUCAGCACAGAUCUCCUGCUCGGCCUGCUCAAAGAUGUGCUGUUGGCACGGCCUGAGCUUCGUCUGGUCAUCCUCACUGCACCUCAGUCCUCUGACAAGCUGCUGCACCAUUACAGAAACGUGCCCUUAAUCAAGCUUGAGGCAGAACAACCAUCUGAAAUAGUGUAUGGCACCGGGAGGGGAGGUGUGAAAGACUAUUUGUACGCCUCUCUUCAGUUGGUUAUGGAAAUCCAUCAGUCUCAAGAGCAUGGAGAUAUUAUAGUGUUUCUGGCUACUGAGCAAGAGAUUGAAUGUGCUCAUGCCAUCUUGAGGCGGGAAGGAGCCAGGGUAGCUUCUUCACAAGGGGGGCUCAUGCCUUUGUCGGUCUGUCCAGAGCAGAAGGACAAUCUGCCUGUGCUUACAGAAGAGGAGGGCAGGUUCAGAAGAGUUUACCUCACUUGCGGUCCAACUGAAGAUCUAUUCUGGGCCAUGCAUUACAUUCGCUUCAUAAUUGAUGCUGGAGUACAAAAAAGAUAUGUCUACAAUCCUAGAAUCAGAGCUAGUUCUAUUGUUAUUCAACCAAUUAGCAAAAGCCAAGCCGAAUGCCGCAAACAGCUGAUUGGUCCAACAGGGAAGUGUUUCCGUUUGUACCUGGAGAAUACGCCACUUCCAAAUGAGAAUGUGCCUCACAUCCUGGAGUCUGACAUCACUUCCACUGUGCUUUUCCUUAAGAGGAUGGAAAUCGCUGGGUUGGGCCACUGUGAUUUCAUCGAUAGACCAGACCCUGAGGGCCUCAUGCAGGCUUUAGAAGAGCUGGACUACUUAGCGGCUCUGGAUAACGAUGGCAAUCUGUCAGAGAUUGGAAUAAUAAUGUCUGAAAUUCCUCUGGAGCCCCAGAUGGCUAAGACUCUUCUAGCUUCCUGUGAAUUUGACUGCGUGAGUGAGGUGCUCACCAUUGCUGCCAUGCUAACAGCUCCAAGCUGUUUCUUGGUCCCUACUGUGGAGUUCAAGCAGCAGGCUUUCAAGUGCCAUCAGAGUUUCUAUCACACUGAAGGAGACCACUUCACCCUCAUCAAUCUGUACAAUGCCUACAAACAGAGCCAGCAUAGCUUGUAUCGCAGCACCGAGCGCUGGUGUAAUGAGCAUUUCCUGAGUUUAAGUGCUCUUCAGAUGGCUGACGCAGUUCGAACAGAGCUCACUGAGAUUCUGAAACGGUUAGAGCUGCCAGUCUCUUCUCCAGCCUUUGGCUCCAAGACAAACUUCAUGAACAUCAAAAAGGCUCUGCUAGCUGGCUUCUUCAUGCAGGUGGCCAGGGACAUCAGUGGGACAGGGAAUUACUUCAUACUUACUCACAAGCAUGUCGCUCAGAUUUAUCCUCUCUCUGUCUAUGGAAUCGAGUCAUCCAAGCCAAAACUUCCUGAGUGGGUUGUAUAUCACAAGCAUACGCUGUCUGAGAAUAACUGCAUCAGAACUGUUACCCAGAUUUCAGCAGACGAGUUCAUCCAGAUGACCCCUCAGUAUUUCUUUUACAACCUGCCCUCUAGUGAGAGUAAAGACAUACUUCAGCAUGUUAUAAUGCGUGGCUCAGCAGCACCAGGGGAAUGCAAAAAUAAAGCACAAACCUUCAACAAAAGCGCCAGUGAAGAACAGUCCUAUGAGCGUUGUGUCAUACAGUGAGCAGGGUGUAUCACACCAUAGCCUCAAAUACAGGGUAAAAAAUGUACAGGGUUUAAGUCACUUGUGUAGUGAUGCAACAUUAUAUGGCUGAACUCAAGAUAGUUUGAAGCAAUAAUAUAUGGAUGUCAAAAUCAGCAUCUUAGUACAAAGUAAUGCUGUGGGAUUAACUGAUAAGUAUAAAGAAACAUGUAUUUAAAUACUGCUGUGCAGUGAUUACAGCAGAUAGCUGUAUGUGAAACUCUAGUGACUGGAAUGAGAUCUAAUAAAGCUUUUGAUUAUGCUUUUUGAAUAAAAACUACAAUGUUGUUCUUGUCAACAGUAUUAGAUACAGGGUUUAUUGUCAAUGACACUAAAAAUGGAGAUUCAAUUAAUAUGUAUGUCAUGUUCUGUGAACCAAUUCAUUUAUGUAUUUAUCUGCUCA